AGAGAUGAUUACGUAAGAAAUUAAAACCGUAAUAGCAAAAUGUAACGAGAGAUCAAGUCUUCAUGCGUCUGCUCCUGUUGACAAUUCAGAGCGUGAUGUUAGCACUUCUUUCGAAAAAUGCCACAAUUCUUAUCUUUGCAUGACAUCAUUUGUGGGCUCAAGGGUUGUUGGUUGUUUCUGUGGAAUAUGUUUCAUGAAAAAAUAAUAAACCUACAAAAUGGUAGCAACAUUGCGCAUCCAUUGAAAAUCUGGUGGCUCAUCACAUCAACAAAAACUGACCUUUCCCUUGAACCCAAUUUCUAAUUUUUUGCAUGGAAAUGUUUAUAAUAAGGCGCACAAAUGGGCGUCUGCAUAUAUAUGUGUUUACUCCAGUAAUUCACGCUUCCUCCCGCUUUAAAAAAGAUCCGCGUGGCGGCUGGCUGCUGAUGCUGAUGCUCCUAUCAAGUAUUUUUCCAGUCGUUAAAUCAUUGGCCAAGCGAGUGGUGUACUCCAAAAUGCAAAUAUUUGUCGAGCGUUGGCCAAUAAAUUAAUUCCUGACAACGCGUGGUGCCGUUGCCACUGUCGGAAUUCUUUUGGCUUGAAAGAAGAGCACUUUUCGUGCGUGUGCUUCAUUUGCGCGGCGCCAACAUGCCCAGGAAGGACGUCGAAAGGGCUCUCAAGGCGCCAGCCACGGGCUCCAAGGUUUGGCAGGUGCUGGCCACCCUCGUAGCUACCGGCGCCCACUUCUCCUCCGGCUAUGCGUUGGGGUUCCUGUCACCAGGCAUUCCGCUGUUGCGGGAGCAGCACUUUCCCGACCUGACCACCGAGCAGGAGGGCAACCUCGGCUCGCUGAUGCUGCUGUCGGCCACCCUGUCCAACCCCCUGGCGGCCAUGCUGGCGGACAGCAGGAUCGGCCGCAAGGGCACCUGCAUCCUCACGGCCAUCCCCUUUGUCAUCUGCUUUGGCCUCAACGCCGUCUUCCCCUCGUCACUGGCAGCCCACUACGUCGCUAGGCUGUUGGUUGGCUUAUCUGCCGGAACUUUGACAGUGGUGUGCCCUUUAUACGUGUCUGAGAUCUCAGAACUGUCCGUACGAGGCACUCUCAACUCGCUUGUCAUCAUAAUGUUCAACUCUGGCCUCUUCGUCGCGUAUCUAGCAGGCGUUUGGGUCAAAAGUUUUGUUAUGUUAUCCGUGGGAGGUCUGAUCAGCAUAAGCAUAUUCAUCGCACUCUGCUGGCUCAUACCUGAAUCGCCAGAGUUUCUAUUGAAACACGGUCAAAAGGAAGCAGCUGUGCGUUCGUUGAGGUGGCUUCGUGGAGCAAAAGUCGAUCUGCAAGAGGAAAUGAAAUACAUGGAAAUCUCACAGGCUGAUACUGAAAAAGUCGAAUCUUCCACGCUCAGGAAAAUUGUGAGAGUGUUUGGCACUCCAUCACUCCGCAAAGCAAUAUUUAUUCCCAUGGUCUUGCUCUUUUUCCAACAGUGUGCCGGUAUAAUUGCUGUUCUCUCCUACGCUUCAUCUAUUUUCAGCCUGGCUGGUUCUACUCUGGAUCCUAAUUUGUCAACUGCCAUCAUCGGCAUCAUCCAGCUAGUCAGCACCUUUGGAGUCACGAUCGCAGUUGAUCGACUUGGCAGAAGACCGCUGCUCAUUGCCUCGAGCGCUAUCACAGCUUUAUCCAUGGCAACACUAGCCCUUUACUUUCACUUGCAGACCAACCAAGUGGACCUGAGCUCGUUUGGCCUGGUGCCGUUGGCAGCGCUGAUCAUCUACAUUUCGUUUUUCUCACUGGGCAUCGGCCCAGUUCCCUGGGUCAUCAUUGGCGAAAUAUUCACGCCCGAAGUGAAGACCCUUUGCACCACCAUCAGCAGCAUGUGGGUUUGGGGCCUCUGCUGCAUUGUGGCGAAAAUCUUCCCGUCUAUGGUUGCCACUCUGGGCAUCCAUUGGGUCAUGUGGGCCUUCAGCGUCGGCUGCAUCCUCGCUCUCAUUUGCUCCUGGUUCACCCCGGAGACCAAAGGCAAGACUGCCGCUCAGAUGCAAGAGAUUCUGUCCGUGGAAAGAAUAGCCUGAAGUUAGUUAAAUAUCAAUAGCCUUGAGGGCUGGUUCCUCCUUUAUUGAUAUUCAAACUCAUUUUUGGGACUUAUAUCUUUUUUAUGAUUUAAAAAAAUAAACCUGAAAAUAAUAAAAUAAUUUUUAUAUACAAUUUAAAACUUGGUAAUAUGAAAUUAAGAGACUUUAAAAUAACCAAUGCGUGGAUAAUAAUUAUAUAAUAUUUAAUAUUAAAAUAAAUAUAAUAUAUUUCCUGGCUCACCAGGAUAUUUCCGUAUUCCUGCAUAAAUGUCCUGCUCAACUAGUUUUAGAUGCUGAUCAAUUUUUUUUUAAAUUUAACUGCUGUUUUCAUUUAGUUAAAAAAAUUUAAUUUAAUAUUCUAUAUCUGCUGCUGGCUUAUGUGACAAUAUUUGUAAAUUAAUUUUGUCAAAUGGGAUUGUGCUUGAUAAACUUUUCCAUAUUACAGUUUUUUUCUGUUUUGCAUGCAUACAGAGGUUAAUAGCGAAGGAAUUGAAAUUCAACAGAUGAUAGUUAAAUUGUAACGAACAAAUUUAGUGCUGGUGAAUCUAGAAGAAACGCCUGCAAGUUUCAGACUACGCAACCCGCGCAUCUGUUGUGUCACGCACGUUGCCUAUGCUCCAACCCGAACGUGCCCGGACGUAACAAAGAGUACAAAACAUAUUAUAACAACAGAUAUUGACGCACCUAGAAAACGAAUGUGAAAUUAUUGACGUAGAAUAUUCCCGAAAUUUCACGCGUAGCAACCCGAACAAAUGAAACAAACUUAUGAAUUGAAGAGGGAUAGCUAUAAAAUGGAAACUGUCAGUGCCAACAUAGUGAAUAGCAAUAAAAUUAUGCCUGAUCAGCAAUUGUAUCGAUUUUA